UCUAAAGUCCGACCACAUCCUUAUAUUUCGGAAACGGCUUUAAAUAUAGAAAAAUGUUUCGGACGAAAGUUGUAGGAUAUCAAGGAACAUAAGAUGGCAACAAUUUGAUCUUGGAUGGUCUGAAAGUCGAUCUUCAGUUUCUUAAAUAGAACCCCAUUUUUUAUUGCAUGUAGUCGAUUCAAAAUACUACCUAUGUUUUUUGUGCAAGUCACUCCCAAGAUAUGAAGCUUCAAAGUUGACAUACCGUCGACAUUUACAUAAUCCAAGGUGCACGGCGCGAAGGGUGCACUAUCAGAUUUACGCCACCUAUAUGUCAACUUUGAAGCUUCAUAGCUUGAGAGUGACUUGCACGAAAAACAUAGAUCAGGCUAUUCUGCAGAGACGUGUCACAAUGAAGAGCAACCAAGGGAACAGUUGGGUGAACCUGCAGGACAGCGAAUGGAACGUAACGAAUCUUUUGGACGGGAUGGGUUGCGAUUAUUUCACGGGCACGUACCGCAUAUUCUCGACCAGUUGGUUCCAGGGUAUCAUUUACUUCUUCUACAGUGCUAUCUUCGUGGUUGCGUUAGCCGGAAACGGUUUGGUCUGCUACGUUGUGUACAGCAGCCCCCGAAUGAAGACUGUGACAAACUUCUUCAUCGUGAACCUCGCAUUUGGGGACAUACUGAUAGCUCUCUUCUGCGUUCCGCCGAGCUUCAUCAGCAUUUUGAUACUGCAGUAUUGGCCGUUUGGCCAGGAAUUUUGUCCCACGGUCAGUAGCUUGCAGGUACGUUCAAUUUUUCAACUUCUUACUUUAUGUUAUCAAACACACCUUAACAUUAACAAGAUUAAAGUCGCUACACUGAAAAGUUAAUAACAACGAAAGAUU